CUCCUCUGGGUGGAGUGAAGCUCGGUGAAGUUCACACAAAUUAGCCCGAAGGCUCCGCUGCGAUAUGUCUGCGUGAAAAAAAAAAAACCCAUCGACAACUGGACGAGAAGAGAAUAAAGAAGAAGCAGCCGCGUCAGACCCGCGCGUAAAGACCGAGCGUGCGCGGACAUGGCUGAUGUGAGCGAGGAGGCGCUGCUGGACUAUUUCUGCUCCAGCGGAGGAACCUCGGGCAGAGUGAGGAACGCAGACAUCCUCCAGACGUUCAAGCCUUUCAUUGGCCACAGUGACGCGCAGUUACGUGCUAAAUACAGAGAAGAAUUCAAGCUCGUCAUCGACCGAAUCGCUGUGGUGAAGUCAGAGAAUGGUGAGAAGUUCCUCGUCCUAAAGAAGAAAUACAGGCAGCAGCUGCAGGAGCGCGAUGCCAAACAUCAGGACUCAGACGGGGACGGACAGAGGCGUUUGAGUCCGGCAGAGACAGCAGCCACUGCACAGUGGGACUCGCCCAACGCCACCACUUCUUCUCCUCAACGACAGGAUGAGCGCAUGUCAUGUGGACAGGAGCAGCGGACGGGAACAGUCGCCCCGCAGUUCGCCCUGCCGCCUGUCAUCCACAUCCAGGUUCCUCCAGAGCAGAGCAACGGGGAGGAUGACCUGGACAAAGAUUCAGGGUCAAAGUCCGAGUCGGAGCAGGACGAGGAGGGAACGGGCAGCAUGGGCUCCGCCGCCGUCGCCCUGGAUCCUAUAGAGAAGGAGUGGAUCUACUCGGCCGCUGGCGCUCGAGUCCCUGACCUCUCUCAGCUGCUCAGACAGGACCCCUCGCUGGCCAACAAGAAGGACUUCACCUCAGGGACGGCUCUGCACUGGGCGGCCAAACAUGGCAACGAGGACAUGGCCGCUCUCGUGGUUAACGCUGGUGCUGAUGUCAACACCAAGUCAGUGAGUGGGUACACAGCUUUGCACAUCGCAGCGUUACACGGUCACCAGCAUAUUCUGGACCUGCUCAUACGGACAUAUGGCGCUAAAGAAAACUUGAGGGAUUACAGCGGCCAUCUUGCCUUCCACUAUCUCAACGUCAAAGAGCCAGAGGGUCCAGAGGAAGAGUGCGAGCUGCAGCUUCACGUCACUCAGGCCAGGGAGCGGAACAGGAACAGGAAGUUGGCGACGCUGUUCCACUCCAAGAAGAAGUGGGGCUCGGCGGAGGAGCUGGCUCCGAUAGAGGAGGAGAGGACGGCGACGCAUCAGCUCGCGCUGCCGCCGUUCAGACCCCGGAAGUUCUCGCGCUGAGGAGAAACGGGAUCGCCAGGGACGAGUUCUGACUCGGACAUUCAGGCUUUAUGUUCAUAUUAACGCGUAACGUAAACCCUCAUGCAUUUACCAUGAAGUAUUAAUACUGUGUGUGUAUAUUAAUUAUGUGCACACACACACACACACACAGACACACACUUGCACCUCAAUAUGUAAAAACUCCGUCAAGUACUGAGCACCGAAGCUUUAACUUUGAAUAAGAAUCGUGAUGCUACGCUUCUAAAAGUAUUAUCAAAGCCUUAUGAUUUUCAUUUAAUUUUUCUAAAUGUUACUUAUGCCUUUUAAAAUUUCGACUGAGCUCAGGCUACGGGGAUUCUUCAAACUUUCCUUCACCCUCGUUUGUGCUGAAGAUGUUUUCUCUCAGUGCGGAGUCACAGGACGAAGCUGGUUUUAUUCUCCAUUUCAAAAACGAUUCAUUUCAUUCACCACAGGUUUGCUGUUGUUAUUUACAGCAACAGGUGAGUUCAACCUUCGAACGUAGACUCACCGCAAACUACGAGACUGUGAAAGAACGUUGAAGGCUCCUGGAAAAGUCGAAUCUGUUUCAAAAACCUGUUAUAUUCAAAGUCAAGGAGGAAUACUACAUUACCCACAAUCCUCAGGUGUAAAAGCAACGUCUCUGAUCGGCGAAGCCGGCUGUUCACACGGGAAUUUUUACCACAACCACGAAGAUCAUGUCUGGAACGAUGUGGUGGUUUCGGCGCUGCAUCCCAGAACCACCAUGAUUUCUCUGAAGCAGGGAUCAUUCGCGAUGAUUCAUGGGAUACGUAGUUCCUUAAAAAAUAAUUACGUACACAAUCUCGAACCUUAUUUUGCUGCAGAUCAAAUAUCUUACGGUCACGAUUCAUCUCGUUCCGGGCUUCAAACUCCGAGCCGUUCUAAACUGUUGUUUGUACUGUUCAUCAAUUCCAUUUGCUGUGAUAAUUGUGUAAUCGAAUCUAAAAGGACGCAGUUACAUCAUUUGCACAAUAUUUAUA